UUCAUAAACAAAAAAAAAUAGCAUUUUCUUCAACUUCCUCCGUGUAUGAAAAUGGCAGCAUUAUCAUCGUUGCAACUUCCUCUGUGUUGUAAUUUUGGCAGAAUCAACAACUCCUUUAAUCGACAAAGGGUGUACGGAUUCAACAUUGUGGCUGGAAUAAAGUCCUUAGCUUCAACAAUUCGACCACUAAUUAGGACUAAUGAGCUCGAUUGGGACGAGUGUGGUUCGUUUGUGGGCCGUAGGAAUUUUUUCGGGCUUGGGCUUAUUGGAGUUUCGACCCUUUUGAGAAGUUCUACUUUUGUGGAGGCAGCCGGAUUGCCGCCCGAGGAGAAACCGAGGCUAUGCGACGACACGUUUGUUUUGUCUUGUGGGAUGUCGCGUAAUCGUUUCCUUUUAAAUGAAAAUGAAAAAUCGAGGAAAUGUGCUGAAGUAAUUGUUGCAAUGGUGGAAUGCGAUGGUAAGGAACCACGUAAUGAUACUAGGAAAGUUUUCUCGUCUGUCUUAAGAAGUUUCAUUUGUUGUCCCAAUAGAACUAAUCUAUUUAAAAGCAUCUUGAUUCUUGAAGCUGUACCAAUGGUAACUACUGAAUCUGGUUUGCAAUACAAGGAUAUUAAUGUUGGUAAUGGACCGAGUCCUCCCGUUGGAUUUCAGGUGGCCGCAAAUUAUGUUGCUAUGGUUCCCUCUGGCCAAAUAUUCGACAGUUCACUCGAGAAAGGUCAGCUUUACAUUUUCCGGGUUGGCUCUGGUCAGGUCAUCAAGGGGCUUGAUGAAGGAAUCCUCAGUAUGAAAGUUGGAGGCAAACGGCGACUCUACAUUCCAGGACCUUUGGCAUUUCCAAAAGGCCUGGCAUCAGCACCAGGAAGGCCGCGUGUGGCUGCCAAUAGUCCAGUCGUGUUCGAUGUCAGCUUGGAGUACAUUCCCGGACUUGAGGAUGAUGAGUAAAAUAUGAUCUUUAUUUAUUAAUAUUAUUGUUAUUAUUUCUCUCUCAACAUUUUCUGGUUCCAUUAUUUCAUUCUUUUAACUUUUGUUAUAUUUCAUGUAUAACUGGGAAUUAUUGGAACCUCUGUGUCAGUGGAGUUUAAUGUCCAGUUUUUGUUCCCUAUUAUGAUUCUGAAUAAAUAAAUCUUACAUUGUCAGGAAAGGAAAGCAAUACCACCUGCAGGGUUGGUUUUUU